AGCGGAGCGAUGGCGGUUCGCUCAUAGACAUUAGCAAGCAAAGUUUUAGCUGCUCUGAAAAAGUCUUUGGAUCUAGGCGAGGGGGGAAAGCCGUCGGUUUUGCAAUGCUAGUGAAUGACUGAAGUGCGCACUAGACUGACUCUGCGAAAGGGUUCCUGCUGCGCGCGCGACGAGUCCUUGGCGACGGCGGAAUUUUGCGAGCUGCAGUUAAGUUAUCUUACGAGUUUGUGAACUUCGGUGAGAGAGCUAACGGGCUAGCAUAGCUCUUUAGCCUGCUCGUGUAAAGUGUUUCAACUUGUCAGAGAGUGUCUGUGUGGAGGUUUUGUACAUGUAGACACGCAAGUUAAUUAGUAAUUUAUCUUAGGUAGUGGAUUCAUCUUGUGUAUAUUUAGAUUCAUUCGCUUGGGAUGAGCAGGUACUUUGCACCUGUAGCCUCACGGCUUGAAAACUCUCUCGACUUUCCCGGUUAGGUAUGUUGUUUACCUUCAUUUUUACAAAGAUGAAAUUCGUUUGUAUAUCUGGUUAAUACUGAUGUCCCAGCUUCAGAGGCACUUCGCACUCCCAGACUGGUUAUCUGGCUUACGUGGAAACAAAGCAAUGCGUUCCUUAACCUCUAUUAAGCCGGAUUUAACCUGACCGACUCUCCAUUAAUGAUAUAAAGUGACCUGGCUGGGGUUCUUAGGAAUUUUUUGUGUGUAUGUGUCAUUGGGGAAUACGACUACAGAACUAGUUUUACUUUGAUUUGACAUCACGGCACCUUAUGGUGCUCCUGCAGGCACCGAGACAUGGAUGUUCCCCAGGCCGUUUUCCCAAACGGUGAGGGGCGCCUGAGCCUCCAAGACCAUGUCUGGACGGAGUCCUCCAGCUCGGGGACUUGGGCUCACUCUGCCCCCGUGUGUCCCCGCUCGCUCUGGACCGCGGUGUUUGACUACGAGGCCAGCGGGGAGGACGAGCUCAGCCUGCGGCGAGGAGACGUGGUGGAGGUCCUGUCUAAGGACGCUGCUAUCUCGGGAGACGAAGGCUGGUGGACUGGUAAAAUUAACCAUCGCGUGGGCAUCUUCCCAUCUAAUUAUGUUACUUACCAACCAGCCAUUUAUAGAGCGGUAGGGGCUCGCGAGAGCGACCCGUCCGCACCUGUUCGGAUACCGUUCUCUGAACUUGUUCUACAAGAAAUCAUCGGCGUCGGUGGGUUUGGCAAAGUCUACCGGGGGACCUGGAAGGACCAGGAGGUCGCGGUGAAGGCAGCUCGACAGGACCCCGAUGAGGACAUUAAAGCGACUGCAGACAGUGUUAAGCAAGAAGCCAAACUUUUCUCGAUGCUUCAACAUCCUAAUAUUAUUAAACUGGAGGGGGUGUGUUUGGAGGAGCCUAACCUGUGUCUGGUCAUGGAAUAUGCCCGAGGAGGGACUCUGAACCGAGCUUUGACGGGCAGGAGGAUCCCCCCUCAUAUCCUCGUGAACUGGGCCGUCCAGAUCGCCAGAGGCAUGCAGUAUCUCCACGAGGAGGCUGUAGUUCCCAUUAUUCACCGAGACCUCAAGUCCAGCAACAUUUUACUACUUGAAAAAAUUGAUCCGCUCAGGAGGUGUUGUAGGAGCGCCUGCUGUCCGUUGCUCACUUUAGCCUCCAUCGAGACGGGAGACGCGGCGGCCGCGAGACCUUCUCCUUUUGCUAAGCUCAUGGAGGAAUGCUGGGAGCAGGAUCCCCACAUCCGUCCGUCCUUUGCUUCCAUCUUGGAGCAGCUGACUGCCAUAGAGGAGGCUGUGAUGGCCACCAUGCCGCAGGACUCCUUCCACUCAAUGCAGGAGGACUGGAGAGUGGAGAUUCAAGAAAUGUUUGAUGAGUUGCGUACUAAAGAAAAGGAGCUCCGUUCACGUGAGGAGGAGCUGACGCGAGCAACCCUUCAGCAGAAGUCUCAUGAAGAGCUUUUGAAGAGGAGGGAACAGCAGCUGGCUGAGCGGGAAAUUAAUGUGCUUGAGCGUGAGCUCAACAUCCUCAUAUUUCAACUCAACAAGGACAAGCCCAAUGUUAAGAAACGAAAGGGCAAGUUCAAACGCAGCCGCCUCAAGCUCAAAGAUGGCAACCGCAUCAGCUUACCCUCAGAUUUUCAGCAUAAAAUCACAGUUCAGGCCUCUCCGACUAUGGACAAGAGAAGAAGCCUCAACAGCACCAACUCUAGCCCUCCCAGCAGCCCUACACUGAUCCCUCGCCUCAGAGCCAUUCAGUUGACCCUGGACGAGAGCAACAGGACAUGGGGCCGAAGCACCAAUUACAAACCUGAGGAGUUUGAAGAUGUUAAGAAAGGUUUUAAGAAGAAGGGCCGCACAUGGGGGCCAAGCUCUGUACAGACCAAGGAAAGAGGAAAUUGUGCUGAAAGAGUUCGCCCUCUCUCAGAUGGAAGCAGUCCCUGGUCCACUAGUCUUAUGAAGGCCCAGAAAUCUGUUCCAUUGGCUGCAUUAUUUGCAGAGCAGGGAACCGAUAUAGAUGAAGUGUGCUCUGCUGAUGGAUCUGACAACAAACCAAAGCAACUCAAGUUCCCCAACCAGGUGUAUAUUGAUCUACCUCUGUGGAAAGAUGAACAUGGGGAGAGCCAGGGGCCGGCUGGUGGAGGUGAGAGCCAGGAGGACCCAACAACCUCCACCAGUUCCACCAGCACCACACCGCAGCACACACCCACCAACAGCCUGAAGCGCACCACCACACGCCGGCGCACAGACGCUGUUCUCUAUGGCUGUGCCUCCAUCCUGGCAUCUGUCGCCUUCGGCUUCGACCUGCGGGAGGUUUGUAAGGGUGCUGCUAAUGAGGAACCAGAGCCACGUGAGGAGAAGAAAAAACGAGAGGGCCUGUUUCAGCGUGCCACUCGCUUCCGCCGCAGCACCAGCCCCCCCGGUGGCCGCUCAUGCAAGGAUGAGGUUACCCCAGGACCCGUUAAUCUACUCGCCAUGUCAUCAAUUUCUGAGUGCAACUCCACCAAGUGCCUCCUGCAGUCAGAUUUUGAGGGGACUGGGUAUAACCUAGUGAACAAGACUCCAGCUCGGAAUUCCCAGACGCAUCAGAAUACAGGCACUAGUGACAUUCUUCCCUCAGCCCCUCUACAAGAUCAUCCUUCUGGAUCCAGCUCUCGGCUUAGGAGAAAGAAGUCCAGCCCUGCUGUGUGUCAGACCAUUAAUGGCAGCAGUAACUCUCAGGCCAGUCCAGCUGAUUUCUCUACCACUUCCCUGAAAAAGAAGGCUGACAGAGAGCCUGCUCAAGAGAAGCAAGCCUCCAGAGAAUCAGCUUCUAGACACAGGCCGCUUUCCCUAAGAAGCAAACCUCACUCCUGGGGUCUUCUGAAGAGCCGCAAUAAGAGCUAUUCUCUUGGGCACUACUCUGGGGAGAAGAGUGCCCAAAACUUGGACAUGGUCCUCCCCUCAGAGGUCAAAAUGGGCUGCUCUUUGCUGGAUAUGGACACAGAGGGUCAAAAACGAGACUGCACUGUUCCCCUCUGUCGAAUACAGAGCACACCAAGUCGACCGUCUGUCUUUGAACUGGAGAAAGAGUUUUUAUCCUGAAAUAAGCUGCAUCUGGAACACGGUCUUAUUUUUGUCUUGCAUCUGUCUGUUCAACAUGACAUUUAGUUGUUUUUAUUUUCCCCCAAGAUUAACAUCGUGGCCUUUUUUUAUCAAUAUUUGAGCCAUUGCUGCUGGAGAUAUUCUGUGGUACUUUUAUUUAUAUGCUGUUUACUUUGAUAUGUAAUUUAAUAUGAAGUGACAUAUAUGAAGUGAAUGAUCAACAUUCCACUGAAUUUACAGUAGAAUUGCUGGUUUGUAGUUUUUACAAAGUGACUUGAUUUGUAAACCUUUUACACUGAUGAACAAGAUCUCAGAUUCUGUUAGAAACUACAGAUUUUUAAAGUGUUCAGGCAUUUUUGUCAUUUGAUUUCGUAUCACGUAAUGUCAUAUGAAAGGCAUAAACAGGGCCCACAGUGUUAAUAUAAAUAAUAAUAGUUGUACAGAUGAAGUGGCAUAGCUAAUGUGAUUGACCAAACUAACAGACCUCACGUUUGCCAGGCCAAACAGCGCAGUUCCCUACAUAGCUCUUUAUUUUUACUGUACUAAUACAUUACAUUUUCAGGGUUUUGUCUUUUGUGACCUAUUUGAAAUUUUUUCCUACUUUUUAAAAAAAAUUAUUUUGGAACAUUAUUUUUUCUAAAGUUAUAUUGGAGAGGAACUUCAUGGACUCUCCUUUUUUAGCUUUAAGUCAGAUGCAUUUUAUCUAAUUAUGUCUUUUAGAGGUGUACACAUGCCUGUAGCUUUUUAGGUUGCAUAACCCAAAUGGGAAGCAAAUAUAUAUAUAGAUAUUGCAUUAUGCUGCCAAAUAGUGAUGAAUGAAUUAACUAUAUUGUUAGUGUCUAUCAAUAUUGCUAUUAUUUACAAACCAUUCCAGUCUAUACAAAACCUAAAAAAAAUGGAUUUAACUAAUAGAUUCAUCAAGCACCAGGAUGCUACUUAAAACUGUUACCAUCUGAGUAGCUUGGUUUUGAGUUUUACACUUCAGUAGGUUCACUAAAAAUUUAAAGCAGAAUGUUUAGAAUUAUAUAAUGUUAAAUCAGGAUUUAGUGCUUGAACUGUGUAAGUGAUUUAAUCUGUUUCUGCAAAACCCAAAUGCUUUUUUUUUUAAACUGUCAUUCUGUAUAUUCAAACUGUUUUCUUAAGCAUUACCCUGUGUAAAAGACUGCAUUAUUAACUUGUUCAUUGUGGACUUAAGUAGUUCAGUAACUUGCUUUUCCAUUUUCUCUUUGUGUCACUUAAAAUAUUGUUUUGUAUCUUGUAUCUGGAGACUGUGAUUUGAAACGUACUUAAUUGAAACGUUAUUUUGUGGUUAUAGGGUGUCAAAUGGAAGAGCACUGUACUCUUAGUACUCUCAUCUUCUAACUGGAGAAGAUGUGUUUGAGAAACAACUCAGUAUUGAAAAAGCUGUUAUAGUAGGGAUUAGAAUUAUUUACUGUAAUUAUUUCAGUCAGCAUAAAUGUACUGUUUGUUCAGAAAUAAUCAGAGGUUUUCCCACUGACUCCUGUUCAAAAACACCCAUUAUGUGGUGCUGUUUUGAAGAAAGAAGAACAAAAUAUGUUUGUAGCACUGGAAUUUUCGAGUCAUGAUGAUUGUUCAUUACAUUUACACUGUUAUUGUAUUAAGGCAUAAAGAUUACUGUUCGUUUAGAUAGACAACUGCACAUUAGGAUUCAUAAGAACAAAGGACUUGGAGAGACAUUGUGGUGCCUCCUUUUUAUGUCUUGCAAUGAUCAUUACUAUAUGAAGUAAUAAUAUGAUGCCUGUUUUUAAGGAAUUCAUCUGGUGUUAUUGUCUAAGCACAAUCAUUUCUCCUAUUGUGGGAGAACUGCAGAGAUCAAACUUUUAAAGCAGUUUCAUUUAGACCGAUUUCCAAACGUGAAUGACACAGAUGUGGGAAUGACAGAAAACAGAAGAUUUAUGUUUUCACCAAAGUUGAAGUCUUGGAUUGUGAAACGGUUUGGGAAGAUUGUUACAUGGUACACAUGCACUGCUAAUAGUUUUACUGGUUUUGCUCUUUAGUGUAUGUUGUAUUGAGCUCUGUUUUUAUCCAAUGUUUUACCCAUGUGACCAAUUUAAUGUUAAAAGCUGUUCUGUUCAGAUGUGGACUGGUUAUUUGCUCCAGGAGGGCUCAAAGAAAAAAGGGCUGAGCCCAGAAUCAUCUCAUUUAUAUCAAAUUCUACUAUUUUACUGUACACAAGUGACCAAUAAAUACUUUAUG